UGAAACGUCAUCUACGUCAAACAAAUUCGGCGGCGUCUUCUUAUAGAGGUUAUAAUAGUGUUGUUUCAUUAAAAUUAUCAAGAAAUAAGACUGUAAUAAUGGCUAAGCAUCAUCCUGAUUUAAUUUUCUGCAGAAAACAGCCCGGCGUCGCUAUAGGCCGAUUAUGUGAGAAAUGCGACGGUAAAUGCGUGAUUUGCGACUCGUACGUACGGCCAUGCACGCUGGUCCGCAUCUGCGACGAGUGCAACUACGGCUCGUACCAGGGACGAUGCGUUAUCUGCGGCGGGCCCGGUGUUUCUGACGCGUAUUACUGCAAAGAAUGCACUAUCCAAGAAAAAGACAGAGAUGGGUGUCCAAAGAUUGUGAACUUAGGAAGCUCAAAGACUGAUCUGUUCUAUGAGAGAAAGAAGUAUGGCUUCAGAAGACACUAGUAGUAGCUGUAAUCUUAGGCUAUUUGUAUUAUUAAACAUGUGACUUGGACUUUAAGAUGGAUUUAAGUUAGGGCCACUUGCCCUAAACCAUUAGUAAUUUUUCUUCUAUGUAAGUUUCAAAGUACUCUGGUAAAAUGUUUACCAAUCUGCUGAUAGUGGUUGAUGAUGAGUGGGGUUUUAUUUAUAUCAUGCAUGACCUAAAUACCUGUGCAAACUUUGUUUAAAAAUAACACUACUUUUCUGACAAAAUGUAUAUUUUUAAUUUAAAAGAAAUAUUUUGGACAAUAUAGCCUCUAGAGACCAGUGAUUAUAUUGACCAAAAUAUUUCUAUUUGGUAUUUAGUUCCAUGUCUUUGUGAUAACCUAAAAAUGUUUAUAAACAAAAAACUGUUACUAAAUAUUCCAUGAAGUGUUUUUUUCCAUAAAAACUGCUGAUACAAAAAAGUUGUUGGCUUGUAAGACCAGUCAAAACAAAAUAUUUGUAAAUAAAAACUCCA